AUGGAUGAAUAUGAGAUCUGUUAUGGCUCUUUGUACGAUGCGGUUGCAAAGGUGCUUAUCAGCGCCGAGAUGCCCCGCGAAAUCGCCGGAGUAUUCAAAAGAUUUCCCUUACAGCGAAAGAACCAUUACUAUGCUCUCUACUCUGAAGCUGGUACCGAGUUCGGCAUCUUGGAUACGCGAACCAGCUCCAGUUUAGACGCUCUAAAAGACUAUCCAAAAGCGCGGUUUGAAGCCGUAUUCUUAGCUCAAGCCUUCACCAAGCGUCGACACAAAGGGAAGCCUGGUUCACAAUUGUUUCCGGUGUCAAUAAAUAUUUUUGGAUUAAAAUCAACAGCAAACGAGGCUGCAUAUCGACUGUCGAAAGCCUCUGCUUUUCUCCAACACCCCCAGUCAUUGAAUAAAGAGGCGAUAUAUAACAAUCCGCAGUUUCUAACCUUUGAUGAAAAUCUGAAUAUGAGUAUCUUUAUUGGCCAAGGUAGUGGAAAUAUGUUAAAUUCAAAAACAAAGAUUUCAGAAGAGAUCAACGACAUACUGGAGUCAUUGACAUAUGUAGCCGCAGACGAGGACUUAGAGCCGCCUGUCGGGUUAUCCUCAAAACUGAAAAGGAUGAAUACAUUACCAUUCAUAUCUUUCGGGGGGCUCAUCGCGGAUACGAUGGGACUCGGGAAGACCCUUACCAUGCUUGCGGCCAUUUUGCGUUCAGUCCCAGCCGCGGAGCUUUUCAGCAGUUUCUACGAUAAACCUGAAAACGAACGUCCACAGAAACUUCGUAUAAAGGCGACUUUGGUAAUCGUACCAUCUUCUCAACUUCUUGAGAGCUGGCAAUCUGAGAUACAGACUCAUAUUUUACCAGGAGCUCUUAGCUUCGUUUGCUUCCAUGGGAAGAAACGGCCUCGGAAUAAUGAGCUUUUGAGUUCAUUUGAUGUGGUGUUGACUACAUAUGCAACACUUGCCGCUGACUACGCCCAUCAAGGGAUACUCCACCAAAUGGAGUGGUAUCGUGUGGUAUUAGAUGAAGGUGGAGCCCAAGUCUCUCCCCAUUGGAUAAAGAACUCCGGUACUCGACAAUUCCGGGCAUCAGCAGCACUAUGCACCAAGAGGAGAUGGUGCCUUACAGGCACUCCUAUUCAAAAUAGGCUAGAAGAUCUAGCCUCUUUGGCUCAGUUCCUACAGCUUCCAAACAUAGCCACUAAAGUGGUUUUCCAAAAACAUAUCCUGAGUCCGCUCUCUGAAGGCGGUGCGGAUUUCGCAAAACCUCUUCGAGCGUAUCUUGAGGCCUAUUGUCUUCGCAGAAGUGAGAAGUGUCUAAACUUACCUACCUCUUCCGAGGUAAAUGUAACGCUUAGCCUUUCACCAGAAGAACAGUGCCUCUACAAGUGUCUACUUGACGAGACAAGACGAGAAAUUGACUCUCUAGUUAGCAAGGGAAUUGAAACUCGAUCUAACAAACUAUUCACAGCUAUGCUAAAGCUACGCAUGCUUUGCAACUUAGGGACAUUCUUCUCGGCCCGUAGUAACACCUCUACCCUGGGACGAUCUUAUCCCGAGACUGAGUGCGAGCACUGCCAACCUUCUAGCGAGGAGGCACGUUUGCUUCAAGACGACUAUUCAGUAUGCUCGUACUGUGGGAAACCGUUAUACCGCUCAAGUCCCAGUCCCAUUCAAAAUUCAAUACAGGGGAGCGAUGCUGGAAAUAUUAGUGAUGAUUCGAAUACACCCUCUAGUGGAGAAACUCAAGCCAUGAUAGAGCAAAAGAACCCUACCCUAUCAGUUGGUUACUCUACAAAGCUUUCUGCCGUGGUUCAAAAAGUAACAGAAGGUGGGACGGAUAACAAGAGUAUUGUAUUUUCCUACUGGACAUCGACUCUAGAUAUCCUACGCUGGCUAUUCGAGCAGGCUGGGAUUUCGUGUCGUCAAGUAGACGGCAAAGUAGGCCCGAUAGAAAGAUCUAUACGUCUCAGAGCGUUCAAAGAAGACCCCCGAGUCCAUGUCCUCCUCAUGUCCAUCGGUACUGGUGCAGUCGGAUUAAAUCUCGCCGUUGCAAACCAAGUACACAUAGUCGAACCCCAAUGGAACCCUUCUGUGGAAGAACAGGCGAUCGCACGAGCGUUGCGUAUGGGGCAGACUAGAGAGGUGACGAUUUUUCGAUAUAUCAUGGAGAAGACUGUAGAGCAGAAUAUCGUCAGUCUUCAAAGGAAGAAGAAACAUAUUGCAAAGUUUACUUUCGACGCGGAGACACAAGAAACCCAAUCCGGAGCACUUGAAGAUCUCAAAUUUGUGUUAGACAUGGGCUCCGUCUAG